AAGUUUGCCCCACCUUUGUUGCUCAUAUAAAUAAUGGCAACCUGAAUCUGGGCUAGCAUGUGGAGAGAGUAGAGAACACUUUGUUUUCAUACACAUUUAGUACAGUAAGGUUGCCGGAUAUCUCAUUCGUUUGCUGCUGAGUAAGAUAAACACUCAAACAGCAGUAACAUGUCGGUCGACAGCGUGUUUAGGACCCGUUCUCUCGGUGUGGCCGCCGAGGGUCUUCCUGACCAGUAUGCCGACGGCAAAGCAGCAAAAGUCUGGGAGCUGUACAUCGGAGACACGCAGAGUAGGACGCAGGAAUACAAAAGCUGGGUGGUGUCUUUGCUGAAAGAGCAAGGGGCGCGAAGAGUGCUGGAUGUAGCAUGCGGAACAGGAGUUGACUCCGUCAUGUUGGUGGAAGAGGGCUUUAACAUGGUGAGUGUGGAUGCCAGCGACAAAAUGCUCAAGUAUGCGCUGAAGUCAAGAUGGGAGAGAAGAAAAGAACAAGCUUUUGACCAGUGGGUGAUUGAAGAAGCCAACUGGUUGACGUUACCAGAGGAUCUUCAGAAACCAGGGGCUGGCUUUGAUGCUGUUAUCUGCCUCGGCAACUCAUUCGCCCACUUACCAGACUUUAAAGGGGAUCAGAGUGAUCAAAAGUUGGCCCUUCGGAACAUUGCCAGUAUGGUCAAACCAGGUGGGAUCCUCAUCAUUGACCAUCGUAAUUACGACUUCAUCCUGGAGACCGGCCGGGCGCCACAAGGCAAAAAUAUCUACUAUAAGAGUGAUCUACCUCAGGACAUCUCCACUUCGGUGCUGUGGGUCGACAAUAAGCCCCAUAUGAUCACUCUGGACUACACCAUCCACGUGCCCAAGGCCACCCUUCAAAAUCUUCCUGACGUCAGUAAAUUCCGUCUGUCCUACUACCCUCACCGUCUGGAGAGCUUCAAAGCUUUAUUGACCGAGGCCUUCAGCGGCAAAAUGGAGCACAGCGUCUACGGAGAUUUCAAGACGUACGUCCCUGGCCAGAGCCAGGCCCCGUGCUACUUCAUCCAUGUCUGUAAGAAGACGGCCUAAGAGCAACCUGUUACACACACACACAAACACACACACACACACUG